AUGGAUUCUAUUAAUAACAAAUUUCCUGCAGCAGCUCACAUUUUGUUUGCAUUUAUAUUAGUGGAAGCUUUAGGAAAGUAUGUGUACAAAUCGCUUACAAAUUUAUUUCUUCGAAAUAAACUUGACUUUUCGACCAGUCAAGCAACGUCCAUUUCACAUGCAACUGGGAUGGCAAAUGCAUUCUUUAUGCCACUUGGUGCACUUGUCGUUAGCAGUUACAUGAAUAGAUAUAAAAUUAUUGUAAUUGGCACCUUCAUUGCUUUGGUAGCCAGGAUUAUUUUAUCCAUUGGAUCUUUACCAAAGUUGAGGUACAGGAUAUUUAUGUACAUUUUCUGGAUAUUCGAAGGGUCGUCCUUUGUGAUUUUAGCUGGAGCUGUAAAUGCUUUUGGUGGCGACCAGUUCAACCUUCCCGAGCAACAUGACUUAUUGGUAAAUUUCUACAGUUGGAUUUUCAUAAUGCACAAUAUCAGUAUUAUGACGGCUUAUUGCAUUGGUCCUCUGAUUAAAACUGAAAUCGCUUGUUUGGGUGAACAAGAUUGCUAUUUUGUAAGUUUUGCAAUAAGCGCUUUAUUGUCAAUACUAGAAAUCAUUGUGCUGAUAUCAACGACGAAAUAUUUUGUGAAAAAGAAACCAACUGAUCGGAUUAUAUUAAAAUUCGUUAUGUGCAUAGGAAAUGCCUUGAAGCAAUGGAUACGAGAACGAAAAAUAAAUCCUAAGCCAAAUUGGAUGGACCAUGCAGAACCUGCUUACGGUGCCCAAUUAGUUGCAGAUAUAAAGAAGUAUUUUGAAAUGCUGAUUAUAAUAUCAACUUUUCCUGUAUUUUGGAGCGUAUUCAAUCAGAAAAAUACAAAGUGGUUAUUUCAAGCAACCAGAAUGGAUGGACGCCUUGGACAGUACACCAUAAUACCAGAUCAUUACCAGUUAUUGAAUCCGCUAUUGGUUGUAAUAUUCAUGCCUUUGGUGACAAAAGUUAUGGAUCCUCUUACCAAAUCUUUAAGUAUGGAUCGUGUAAUGCGAAGAAUAAUUGUAGGAGGUCUCAUAGUUUCUGCAUCAUUUGUUGCUGCUGGAUUUCUUGAAUCAAGAAUGAAAUUAACUUAUCCUAAAAUUAUAAAUAAUGAUGAAUGUGAAGUACGUUUUCUCAAUAAUUGCAAUUGCAGUAUUUUCAUCAAAUCUCCGGAUAUACUGGAAACCGUGUUGGAAAUUUAUCCAUAUAGUAUUUCAACAAUAAAACAUGUACCUGUUACAAAUGCUAAAUCAAUAACGUUCUCCGGUAAGGGAUCUUGCACAAACCUUGAAGAUGAAACUAUGGAAAUUAUUGGUGGGCAAGCGUUAUCCGUAUUCAUUCAGGAUAUUGAUGGUAAAGCUUCAAUUCGUACUUACGAAGAAAUAAUAAAAAAGACGGAAAGCGGAUUUCCAAUGCUUUCUGUUGUCGGAGGCAAUCUGUCUGACUCUGUAUUUUUAAGAGAUUCCAAAAACGUGAAAAUACCCGUAGAAGCUAAAUCUCUAAGUGAGCCGAAACGUUCUGAGGUUGUUCCUGAAAUUUACGAUUUAUUUGUAGGAAAUAAAAUUGUUCUUACGGAUUUUCCAAUGUAUCUUGGAGGCGUCUAUGUCGCCAUGGUUUCGGAGAACGACGCAAAAAUAUUUGAAAGUGUCCAGCCAAAUUCUGUUCAUAUAUUUUGGAUUAUUCCGCAAACUCUGAUGUUGACCAUAGGAGAGAUUUACUGGCAAGUUGCUUUGAUGGAUUUCAUUUACACAGAAGCUCCAUUGCCUCUGAAACAAGUUGUUUCUGCUACUUCUGUGUUUGCAGACGGUUUGGGUGAUGGAAUAAUAGCAGCCGUGACGGCUUUUACUAAAUUAGAUCAAGAUUAUGAAUUUUAUGCCUCGGCGUUGGCUGUUGCGCUUGAUAUGUGUCUGUUACUUGUUCUGGCGUUGCGGUUUAAACCAACAUAUCCGGACAAAAAAUUAAUUUAA